AUGGAUGAAACCAGCUUCUACUACGACAAUGUACCGCGCGGAUCGAUGUGCUUGAACAAGGCUUCAGCCUUAAAGCAAAACAAGUCGCGGCUUACUCUACCACGCUGGCUCAACCAGAAACCUCAAGACAUCGAAUACGAAUCGUCUAAAAAGGCCUGGAUGACAACCAAAUUGUACAAGACAUGGUUACUAGAUCUGGAUAAUGCCAUGCGCGCCUCUGACAGACGUAUUUUGCUGUUAGUCGACAAUGCUUCCUCUCAUUCUGAAACAGGACUAGAGCUUAAAAAUGUACGCGUCGCUAAACUUCCGCUAAACACUACGUCAAAGCUACAGCCACUUGACCAACACAGCCAUACAAAGUUAUAA